UUUUUAAAAAUUCUAAAAUUAAUACUUUUUAUUCAUCCUUCUUAUUUAUUUUUUUUUUUUUUUGAUUCUAAAUUAUUCUGUUUGAGAAUGUUAAGACGUUUAAAUUACUUUAAAUCUGUGCAGCCCCCUUUGAUAAAGGUAUUGCACAUAAAAUCCGCUUUACACUCCACUUCAAUCGAAAGGGUUGUGAGCAGUGCCAAAGUGAAGCCAGAUAUCAAAGUUCACAGAGAUAUGCCCUAUAUAAUAGAUGAACAGAAUUACAAAUACAAAGAAGGUCGCGUAUACCAAGGAUUUUUUAUGCGAACGUGUUGAACCCAUCACAGACUACGGACUAAUGUCAUGUACUUUAAGACACAUUGGCACAGGCACUGAGUUCUGGUACCUUGAUCGCAACGAUAUUAAUAACUUGUUUUCCAUCAAUUUUCGAACCAAUCCACUCGACUCAACGGGUAUCCCUCAUGUUUUGGAGCAUCUUGUUUUAUGUGGUUCACAAAAUUUGCCAAUUCGAGAUGUCUUUUUCAAAAUGGUUAGUCGAACAGUUGCUAAUUUUAUGAAUGCUAUGACUGGACCAGAUUACACAAUGUUUCCAUUUGCAACCAUGAACGAAGCCGAUUUCAGAAACCUUCAGAAAGUUUACUUGGAUGCGGUAUUCAGACCCAGCUUGUUGCAUUUGGACUUUUUGCUGGAAGGUUGGCGCCUUGAGCACCAGGACGUUCAUGACCGGGAUUCUGGCAUUGUAAUUAAAGGCAUAGUCUAUAAUGAAAUGAUAGGAUCCUAUUCGGAUAAUUCCACGUCUUUCAAACAUACCAUGCUAAAUCACAUUUUGCCUAGUCACAUAUAUCGUCACUCUACGGCAGGCAACCCUUCGGAGAUCCCAAAACUGUCUUAUGAAGAAUUGGUUAAUUACCAUCGUCAAUAUUACCAUCCAAGUAAUGCCCGAAUCUUCUGCUGUGGCUCCUUUGAUCUGGAGAAGACACUUGAGUUUGUCGACAGGGAAUAUCUAUCCCACUAUGAUCGCAUAGAUACCUCAUUCAGUCGAACACCCCCGGAGGAUCGUUGGUCUGAGCCACGUCAAGCGUGUAUACAAAGUAGGUUAAACCCUAUGGGUCCUGGCAUCGACCACCAGAAUCAAGUAGCAACAGGACUGUUGAUGUGUGAUAUACUCGAUAUUCAGGAGACCUUUGAGUUAAAAGUGCUUUCUGAAUUGUUGAUUCGGAGCCCCAACUCGCCUUUUUACAAAAGCAUGAUAGAGCCCAAAAUCUCUGGCGGUUACACUGAGUGGACAGGAUAUUUGCCAGAUUGCAAAGAUACGUAUUUUGCAGUCGGGCUGCAAGACGUUACAAUGAAGAAUGUGGAAUUGUUUAAGGAGCUCUUUGACAACACAGUGUAUAAAGCAAGUAAGGAAGGCUUUGACUCACUACAUAUUGAAAGUGUCGUUAGCAAUUUAGAGUUAGACAAUCUAAAGCAACAAAGAGAUUACAAGAAUUUGCUAUAUAAGUCUAUAGUAUUAUGGAAUCAUGAGGGCGAUGUUGUAUCAAAUCUACGAGACUCAGAAAUGUUUGCAAAGUUACGAAAAAAAUUGAAAGAGAAUCCAAACUAUUUUAACGAGAAAGUAGAAAAGUAUUUAAUUAAUAAUACGCAUAAGCUCACGAUAACCAUGCAGCCUAAUGAGUCCUAUGAGAUCGAAAGACAAAUUGCUGAGUCGAAACUGAUUUUAGAAAAACUGGAAGAAUGUAGCGAUGAAGAGUUUAAACACAUCUAUGAGAAAGGCCUCGAGCUGGAGGCUUUCCAAAAAGCACCUCAAGAUAUUGAGAUUCUACCAUGUUUAUCAAUAAACGACGUGCAGAACCCCUUUCCGCGCCCACAAAUAAUGGAAAUAAGCCUUCAAGAUGUUCCCAUAAUGAUCAGCCAAGAGCCCUUCGCGGGGAUAACGUAUCUAAACUGCAUGUUCAAUACCACCGGAUUAAGUAUAAACGAUGCUAUGCUCUUGCCUUUGUUUUGCAACGUGUUCAGCGAAAUGGGAACCGCCAAGCACGAUUACCGCCAAUUCAACGAUUUCCUUCAAGCAAAAAUGGCGCGUGUGGAAUGCCUGGCAAAGGUAGUGGAGAGCGUGACGGAUGGCAAGACAUAUCGCUUAGGACUUUUAAUGAAGACAUAUGCCCUCGACAAGAAUGUGAGCGACAUGUUUCGACUCUGUGAAGAGCUAUUGCUCGACUUUCAGGUGGCAGAUACGGAACGUCUCGAAAUGCUUAUAAAAAAUUAUAUAUCUAAGUUGGGAAAUAACGUUAUUAGCACUGGGCACCUGUAUGCCAUGAUGGGUUCAUCUGCAUUGGUAACCAAUGCAUCCCGAUUAAAGUCUUUAUUAUCAGGCGUCGAUCACGUAGACUAUAUGAAAAAAUAUGUCAAGGAGAAUAGUAUUGAGGCCAUUCGAGACAGUCUAAAGAGUAUUGGAUCUAAGGUUUUUAGCAGAAACAAUUUGCGUAUUGCAAUUAAUAUAUCGGAAAAUAAUCUAUCUACCAUUGUGAAAGACUGUGAAAGAUUUGUAAGCCACUUACCUACUAAGAAUCAGACUUCAGACACCAAUGAGAUAUUUUUGCUGGAACCGUCUUCCCGACACUACGAUUUGAGUAUGCCUUUAAGCUAUUGUGCAAAGACUUUUUUUGCAGUUCCUUAUGCACAUAAGGAUCAUGCUGCGCUUCGGGUGCUGGGCAAACUUAUUACUGCCAAAUAUCUAUUGCCCGUCAUAAGGGAGCAAAUUGGAGCCUACGAUGCAGGGGCCAGAAUAGGAUUUGACGGUCUUUUUAACUUUUUCAGCUUUCGUGAUCCACACGUAACAAAGUCGAUGGAAGUUUUUGAUAAAACUUACGAGUGGUUGCAAGCCGAAAGCCAUCAACUUGAUGAUCAAGCUCUAUUCGAAGCAAAGCUUGCCGUAUUGCAACUGGUGGACUGGCCAAUUUGUCCUAGCGAAAUCACUCUAGAAAGCUUUACAUUCGGCUCCAACUAUGACAUGAACUUAAAAUACCGCUCUCGUGUGUUAUCGGUAACUUUGCCCGAAGUACAAAAUCUCAUUGAGAAAUACUUUAAGAACGAAUCAAAACACUUUGGAAAAUGUAUUUUGGGACCGAAAUCAUAAAAAUGGGUGAAAAGGAGCCAAAUAUCAACAUAAAUGUAUAAUACUUUCAUUUACAUUUGUAUAAAUAAAAAAUAAUAUGUUCAAAAUUGUAAAAUGUAUAAGAUUGCGCAACAAAAAACAUUUGUGGAGGAGAAUAAAAUGUAAUUUUAUUACCAAA